ACUACCUUCAAUGUGCUGUCCAGAGUGGCUCACCUGGACAAUGUAUUCCCCGACAUGCUUGGCUGUGAAACGAGCAAUCAUCGUCCCAUCGUCUUUACCGGGCUCUGUCUUGACCGUAGCAUCGUGAUCAGGGUGGCUUGCUUUGAGUUUUAUAUUCUUGGUCCCUUCCGUUAGCCCGGUGAUUAGAAAGGUGACACAUUCUCUCGUUUUCCCGUAUCCUUUUGGAGGGGUAACUCUAAACUUGCUGGGAUCCGGUACCUCGCUCACCCACGGACUACUCAGAAUACUGACUCCGUUGAAUUCCAGGGUGAACUCGAGCGUUCCCGGUCUCUUGGGCAGGUAGCUGAAACUAGCCACAGUCCCUGUCUCAGUUGAUUCCAGCUCCUCUGUCAGCUCGUCUGCAGAAGUAGCCAGUGCAGUAAGUGCUCCAGGUCCAGCACAUGUGCUGUCCACGGCGAAGAAGAUUGGCUCCCCGACAAUCGGAAUGAACUGUUUUGGGUCUGGUAGUCCAGUAAUGACACACUUCUUUGGGUCUGACACGGCGAACUGCAGCGGGCUACCAGGGAUCGCAGUCUGACCAAAAGUAAUCUCCAACUCUUGCUCCCCUACGUUCCAAGGCGUGCACGUGACAGAGUAGCACUCUUCUUCACCAGUGCUCUUUAUGUCAAUGGUGUACUGGUGUUCUGUGGUACUGGGUUUGACCUGUAGCUUCGCUCUACCAGCCCCCGUUGUCGUCACUGUGAAAUUAAAGGGUACACCCACAAAUAGGUUUUUACUAGUCAUUGCUUCAGUGUCAAUGGAGCAUUUUGAGGGAUCGCAGAUUGAGACAGUGAAGGGAGAUCCAGGGAUGCUGAACCCCCCAAAUCUCAGGUCAACUUCAGCCUCACCGAACUGAACAGCACUGAGCGUGACAGUGCACAUGUCGGGAUUGUGUUGUUCACAGAUGACAGUUAGCCCCGUGCCAGUCACACGGGGUUUCAACUCUGCCUCUCCGGCACCAGCUGUGGAGAUUGCGAGACUGCGACAGGCUCCAAUCUUGAGACAAGUUGGCAGGCUCUCCUCUAUACUGCACUUCAAUGGGUCGAGGACUGUUAUGCUUAGGGGAGCCCCCGGAAUUUCUUCCCCUUCCCAUUUCACCGACACCAGAUGAAUUCCGAUGAGCACAGGGUCAAACUUGAGGAAGUGUAGCAUCUUCUGCCCCGUGCGUUCCUCUGAUGCGAAUAUCCUGAGAGGAGUGUGGUCGGGUUGGACUCCAGAUACACUCAGAGACCCGGAGCCAGCUGACGACGUGUCCACAGUCAACUCAACCGGUUCUCGAAUCACUGCAAAGAAGCCAUCGUCGAUGACUUUUCCUGAAAUAGUGCAGUUGUGGGCGUUUGGUUCGGGGCGAAUCCUGAUGUUGAAAGGACUUCCAAGUACUUGGGUUCCUUCGGUUUUGAUGCUCAGUUGCAGCACACCUGUAGUCUUGGGAACGAAGGAGAGGUUGUAGGUACCAUUGCCAUUGUCCUUACAGUCAACCGCAGGGUAAUCAACGUCUCUGAGGGAAGAAGUGCUGGUGGUUUUGAAGUCGGCUGUCAGCAGACCUCUCUCGAUGAGUUUAGAUCCUCUUGCAAACACGGUCAGUUCUGCUCGUCUGUUAGCGACGGCUCCUUUCAGCCCGGGACCACCGACAGUUAUCUUGCUCGGAUCGAUCGGUUUUAUAACUUCAAAUUUCGUCGGACGCCCUGCAAUCCUUGCUCCACCUACCGUCACAUCCAACGUAUGAUCCCCUUCCUCGAAAGGUGAAAACUUUGCCAGAUACUUCCCAUCACUCUGUUGUGACAGCUCAACAGGGCAUUCUGCCUUUGGACCCUUCACUGCUACCUCAGGCAAGCAGUUCCCACUGUGGGUGGUGUCAAUAUCGACUUCCACAGUGUUUCCCAGUUUUACUGGUCCUCCAGUCAGAGACGUGCAGGAAAACGUGCACUUCUGUGGAUCCACAACGUUGAUUUCAACUGGAAUCCCGGGAAUGUUGUAAUUGGCCCAUUUUAGGAAGACGUUGCACUUGCCGCAGUGGAUUCCCUUUAGGACCACUUGUUGAGAGGUGGGGUCGGUGGAUUUAAUUCUCAUUUCACACUCAAGGCACGAGCUGCUCUCUCCCCCGCUCGUCUCUGCCGAGAAGGAUAGUUCACCAGGCCCAGCGUCUUUGGUGUUAACCAGAAUCUCUGCCUUUUGUGAUAUUGGAAUAACAGAUGGUACUUUACCAUCGAUUGUACACUCAUCUGGGUUGGCUACUAGCACGUAGAAAGGGCUGCCUUGAAUGUGCUUUUUUCCGCACAGCACCUCGCAUCUAUACUCACCAACGUGUUUUGGAGUGAAGCGAACCACUGCAGUUCUGUCUCUCCCGGUCUCUACCUUGACCGUUGCGUUGUGUUGGGGGUGUUUCACAGCAAUGGCCAUAUUUGACAGGCUUUUCUUUGUCAGACCGGUGAUCACAAACUUGACACAUUCCUUUCUGCCUUCCGUAGCCUUUUGGGUGAUUGACUUGGAAAAGGGAGAGGUUGGCGACGUUGCACACCCAAGGAGCUUGAAGAAUGUUGGCUCCACUGAAGGUAAGAAGUAACUCCAUCGUCCCUGCUUCCUUUGGUACACACUUUGCCACAAAUGUUCCGUUUUCUUGCUCUGUAACUUCAAUGCUCUGCAUUAUUCCAUCCUCCAUCUUGUAGGCCGCCUUGAUCUCUCCUUUCCCAGCCUUUCUGGGGUCUAUCUCAAACGAAAAUGGUUCGUUAACCUCCGCGAUAAACGUCUGAGCAUCAGGAAGGUUCAGUAUUACUACGUUCUUUGGGUCACUUACGUCGACAUAAAAGGGGCUGCCUGGGAUAUCUUUCUCGCACCACUGAACAGUCAUUUUGUGUGAACCCUGCAAAGUCGGGAAAACCUUGACAGUGUGAAUUCUGUUUCCAUCGGGGGUGUUGUCCUCUGCGAGGUAUAUUGGCAUUGUUUUUGAGGCUGGAUCUGUGGCGGUCACUUUCAACGUACCCGUACCAGCUUUAGACGAGUCGACUUGAAAAUCCAAAGGCUUUCCGACGACAGCUGACAUGGGGUUGUCAAUUGACUCACCGAAUAUCGUACAAUAAGAAGCUUCUGGUGUCGGUAAUGCACUGAUAGCAAAGGGGCUACCUGGGAUGUGGUCUCCGUCGCAAGUGACAGCAAGUGAAUACUCACCAACUUCAGGGACCACGUAUUCGACGGUGUAUGCACCGCUUCCAAUUUCUGUGAUGCAGACUACUGGUUUGACAGUGGACGGUCCGAAUGCAGAACUUAUUACAGUCACACUUUCUGUGCCCUCUCCCGAUACCUUCACUUUCAGCAUCUCUUUCCAAACGAGACCCGUUCCACUUGCUGGCCCCUGGAUUGAGAAUUUCGCAAUCUUCAUAGCCACAAUGUUCUCAAGUCCCUCUCCCAGGGCCGAGAACUGCGCCGCUUCCAUGGAUUUGGAAAAGUAUACUUUGAAAAGGGCUGUUUGGGAUGGGUUCGCCACCCCACAGUACCUCGAUGGUGUGUGGGCCUGGUUCGUAACUAGUGAACUGAACAGAGUAGGUUCCGUUCUGACCUUCCCGUAUUUUAGUCCCGUACACAGCUUUCUUUCCGCUGGGGUUUACAACCAGUUCACCCCUACCUGCCCGAGCGGCUUGGACAGUGAACUCAAACGUUUCCCCCACUUUUCCCUUGCCUUCGGUGAGACCAGGUCCAUAGGCACUGCAUUUGGAGGCAUCGCACACAAACACACCAAAUGGGGUGUUGGACAGGUUGUCGGCGUUCCACGUGAUUGCGAUCGUGGCCUCUCCAAUGACGUGCGGAGUGAGGCGAAGACUGUAAAACUCGCUGUCUCGUUCGGUCAACGAAGUCGCGAGAAUUCCAGAUUGAUUAGAAGAGGCUUCCAGAGCUCCCUGACCGGCGCCCUUUGUGCUGAUGUUGAGCUCGACCGGACGAUUCAGCUGCAAGUACCUCGGAAUCAUAUCGAGUAUGGCACACUUUGAUGGGUCAGUGACAACAACACUCAGAGGAGAUCCUCUCAAGUUCUCCCCAGCACAUGUUACAAUGACGCCGUAGUUCCCCGUAGUUUCAGGGACAAAGCUUCCGAUGUUUAUACCGUCUCCUCUCGGCUCGAGCGCCAACUCUUGUUGACCGGUGGGUGUCUUUAGCUCGACGAUAACCCCUGGUAAGUUUGACUCUGAGGCUGCGACUGUGAGAGUCACCUUACUGUUUGCCUGAGCUUUCUUACCUGCCGUCGGUUCGCGGUGUGAGACGCUGCACUGUGUAGGGUCCACCACUCUGACAGUGAAUGGGCUACCAGGUAUGUUCUCCCCGGCUAUUUUCACCAUUACGCCGUCCGUUCCGACACGGGUCGGAGUGUAGCAACACUCAAAUGCGUCGAUACCCUUCGGCGUUACAUUUGCAUUUGUGGUGUGUGCGUCCGAGUGUUGGAUCGUAACGCUGAGAUCUGCUACGUUCACCAUACCUUUCACGUCCAUUCUGACCGGCUUUCCUACCCUGGCACACUGCCCCCCCGUCACCUGGUUCCCAGACACGGAAAAGCCGCCGGGAUCUAGUAUAUCUACUACGAACGGACUCCCCGGGACCUGCUGAUCGCUCCAAGAUAUAUUGAUUGCGAGCUCGCCUGCUCGGUUGGGGGUGUACUGUACCUCAAAGACGCCUUUCUGGGUGGGAUGUGGGUUAAUAUCUGCAGCCACUGGAGUCCCACCCAUAGAGAUUAUGGACACAUUCAACACACCACUCCGGCCGUGGACGAAUCCACUUGAAAGAAUGUUGGCCGUCCAAUGAAAGCUUUUCGCAGCCCGUGACCAGUACACGAUACCUCCUUCGGUUGGUAGGCCAAGAAUUUUGCGUACUGAAAUCGAGAGAGGUAUGUGGCAACAUUUAGCUCAUCCACUUUGGGGUCGGCGAGCUGCGAUGGCUUUACGACCGGCUUUACGCAGAGGCGCUCCUCUGCUAGUUUCAUAGCCCGCGUGAGGUUUUGAAGAGAAUCGUGCGGAUCCAGCUCCUCGCAGUCCGCGAAGACCCCGGGGACAAGAUUAUUGACGAGGCACGCAAGAUUUACCCCAUUGUUCCAGUCUUUCUUGAAGUUUGUGAUCGUUCGUUGUGGGAUCUUGUUCUGAAUCCACCUCAGUAGCUGCUCGUUUGCAGGCUUACAGAAAUACGACACAUACGUCAUGACGCUCAACUCAUCCACAUCACUGUGGCGGAGAUCAGAAGCUUCCAGUAGCUUUGGGAUCCCCAACUCCUCCUCUGCUAUAUCCAUGCCCAGUUGGCAGUUGUCCAAGGCUUCGGAGCGUCGCAGAGUAGCAUAGUGCGGACAAAGGCCGGGUCUGAUUCGAUCCACGAGAGCGCAGAGUGCUAUCCCGUCGUUCCAAUCAGUCGUGAAAUUGGUGACCUUCUGGUCCGGGAUCUGGGUGUUGAUCCACGCCAGGAGUGCAUUCUUGGUCGAUAGGUCCUUACCUGAACUGCGAAUUUGGAAGUGGCGGAUGAGGGUCCAGAUCAGCCCCAUAAUCAGCUUCAAAUUCCCACUGUAAAUAUCCUCAGGGCCUAUGUUGACGACUUUGAUCUGCUCUCGCUCCAGGAACCUCAACACAGCUCCAAUAUUCUCCAGCAUCUGAGGCUUGAUGACGGGUUCCCUGUUGUGUCGACCCACUUUCCUGGGGCUGGCGAUGCUCUCUAGCAGCUCCACCAGCACCAGACCGUCCCUCAGGUCUUUCUGUAGGUCGCUUACCUGCGUCCUCGCCGUCUUGAGGUGCCCGCGCAGCGCGUUGUUGACCCACUUCGUGAACGUCGUCUGCUGUAGCAGCUUCCAGUUUUGGUCGACAUGUCGCGUCAUCUCUCCUCUCCUCCUUUUCUCUCUUUUCUUUCUCUUGCCCCAACUGUGUGCAGCUUAGCUAGCUCGUAAUGCAGCAGAGCUGUGCACGAGCCACGCCCUUCUUUCGUGUGAGAUAUUUACGCAUGCGCGAUGUUCCGCGUGUGUGGGCUCGCGGUAAAUCAUGGAGGAAGCCAAAAUCGUGUGCAAGGAUCUCCUCUCCUACCUUGAAGACCUGCCCACCUCAGUCCUCAUCAGUCUCUAUGGAUACUCGUCAGCCUGUCUAGCCGUCUUCAGAGAGCUGCCAGAAUUGUCCAAGAUGUAUGUGAUGAGGUUGCUGUUCCUUGACCAACCCCUCUCUCAGACAGUCGUGGAUUCUUGGAGUAACCCAGAGGCUGUCAGUUACCACCGCGAAGCGAUUACAAAGCUACAGAGACUCCACGUCUACAAAACAUCUCCUCUGCCAGGAGGUCAACAAGGUGUCUCGCUGCACGAAGACUUUAGAAGAAAUCUACGAAUCCUGUUGUGCGGAGGGGGUACUCCAUGGGCCCUAGUUGGUCACAGAGGAGGAGAAGACAAACAUGCGAGGGACAUUGCCUUUCUCAACGACUAUGCUGAUAAGCAGUGGGAGCUCAAAUAA